AUGGCGAGCGAGACGCUGCUCAAUCGCGUUGAUCCACAGCAGCAAUUCGCGCAGCUCAUCCGCAGGAUUGGUGACUCGCGCAAUCUGCCGCGAGCGAGGGAGAUCCACGCGCAGCUCCUGGCCAGCGAUCUCUCGGAGGACAAGUACCUCGCUAAUCUCCUCAUCCAGAUGUAUGGCAAAUGCGGCAGCGUCGAGGACGCGAGAGGGGUUUUCAAUCUCAUCCAGGAGGAAGCAAACAUCUACUCGUGGAACAUGAUGCUACACGCGUAUGCCGAGAAUGGGCAUCUGGACGAUGCGUGGGAGACUUUCGAUCGAAUGCCCACUCGCGACACAGUGUCCUGGAAUGCGAUGAUCUCGGCGCUGGCGCAUCACGGCCAGGCGAUCGAGGCCAAAGCCCUCUUUGAUCGGAUGCCCGCCCCCAAUCUUGUGUCGUGGAACGCGAUGAUCGCGGCAUUUGGGCAGUCGGGGCUUCCCCGCGAGGCUAAGAGCGUGUUUGAUCGCAUGAAAGAGCCCAAGAACAUCGUCUCCUGGAAUUCGCUGCUCCACGCCUAUGUUCUUGGCGGUGAUUGCGCCGCCGCCAUGGCGAUCUUCGAGGCGAUGCCGGAGCGAAACGUGAUUUCGUGGACUUCGAUCAUGGUUUGCGUUGCCCAGCGAGGUGAUUUGGAAGCAGCGCAGCGGAUCUUCGAUUCUAUGCCGGAGAAAUCUCUGGUAACCUGGACCGCCUUGCUCCAAGCUUACGCCCAGAAUGGGGAGCUCACCGCAGCCGUCCAUCUCUUCGCCAUUAUGCCGGAGAGGAACGACAUUGCUUUUACCACGCUUCUUUCCAGUUUUGGAAUCCACGGCCGAGUUAGCGACGCCCGGGAUCUUUUUGACAGCAUUCCGGAAAAGAAUCCCUCGUCGUGGAAUGCGAUGCUUUACGUGUAUGCCCAGAAUGGGCAUGUGGAGGAGGCCAUUGAUUUGUUCAGCAAGAUUCCAUAUCGGAAUAUCAUCUCCUGGACUUGCAUUGUGGUAAUUUUCUCUGACCUUGAUGAAGUUGAUCGUGCGAAAGAAGCUUUUGACAAAAUGCCCCAGUGGAAUCUCGUCUCCUGGACAACGAUGCUUCAAGCAUAUGCCCUUUCAGGGUAUCUGCUACAAGCCAUUGAGAUGUUCAAGAAUAUGCCGGAGCACGACGUGGUAUCUUCCACCGCGGCGAUCCUGGCAUAUUCCCAGGACGGAAGCGUGCGAUCCGCCAGGCGGGUGUUCGAUUCCCUUCCCGAGCGAAACAUCGUGACUUGGACUGCCAUGCUCGAAGCUUACGUCGCAAACGAUCUAAUGGACGAGGCCGAGGAGACCUUCCACUCCAUGCCGGAGAUGAGCAUCACUCCCGUCACGACCAUGAUCGCUUUCUUCGCUCGCAAAGGAAAGCUCGAUCGAGCCGAGGAUUUGUUCGCCAAUCUCCCAGUUUGCGAUCUCCUUGCAUGGGACGCGAUGCUCACAGCCUACGUACGCGGCGGCCAAAACCACGCUGCGCUAGAUCUCCUCUCGGAGAUGCAAAUCCUUGGAGUCGAGCCGGACGAGAUCCUCUACACGAAUGUUCUCACCGCCUGUAGCCAGGGAGGAAUGCUCGAGGAUGGAAUCUACCACUUUGUGUCCAUGGUUUCGGACUAUGGAAUCCAGGCCUCGAGCGAGCACUACUGCUGCAUGGUUGAUCUCAUGGCCAGAGCCGGGAAGAUCAAAGAUGCCCAAGACUUGAUUGACAACAUGCCAUUCACACCCAGUGAGAUCGCAUGGAAAUCGCUGCUCAGUGCGAGCUCUAGAGAACCUUGCAAAGACGAGAAGAAUGUGAGGAGCAAAGCCGCAAAGAAUGUUAUAGACUUGGACUCGAAAAACGUUUUGUCCGCUCCAUACAUUUUACUAUCAAAGAUCUAG